CAACAUAAAAAUUUUCUUUAAUCUUGUCCCAUAAAUUUAUAAUUUCUUGUCUGUAAGUGUUCAUAUUUUCACACUCACUGCAUCCCAUCCCCAUGGAAGCUAUUGGAAUUUCUAUGGAGUUUCAUCUCCUUCUCAUUUUUGCUUUAUUUACCACUAUCGCUCUGAGAGGAAGUCAUGCUUCUCUACCUGCAAAGGUGUAUUGGCAAUCCAUGUUACCAAACACUCCACUUCCAAAAACUUUACAAGAUUCUUUGCAGCCUUCUGACAUAGGAAAGAAAAACAGAUUUUCAUUUCCGGAAGAUUACCCACAAAAUGGUGCAAGAGCAACCUAUGGAGUCGGAUAUUGGCCUGACAACAGAAAAUUUGUCAAAAAUUCCAUGUCCAAUGCAACUACUGUCUACUUCUUAUACCAUGAUCUCCUUCCAGGCAAAAAUAUGAAGAUCAUUUUCACUAAAUCUACAAAUGUGUCUAAUUUCUUGCCACGUAAAAUAGCAGAAUCCAUUCCCUUUUCAAGCAACAAAUUCCCAGAAAUUCUCAACUAUUUUUCAGUAAAAUCCUCGUCAAAGGAAGCUCAAAUAUUGAAACAGACGAUUGAAGAAUGUGAGGCACUUCCCAUUAGAGGAGAAGACAAGUAUUGUGCUACAUCUUUAGAAUCCUUAGUUGAUUUGGUGGCUGCCAAGUUUGGACAAAAAGUUCAAGCUUUUUAUAACGAGGCAGAAGAAGAGAACAAGAAACAAGAGUAUACAAUCUUGCAGGGAAUCAAAAUGAUGGGAGAAAAUCACAUGGUGUGCCAUAAGCAGAGAUAUGCAUAUGCAGUGUUUUAUUGCCACAGAAUCAAAGACACAAAGGUUUUUAAGGUUCCAUUAAUGGGGGUUGAUGGGUCAAAAGCUGAAGCAGCUGUUGUUUGCCACAUGGAUACAUCAGCUUGGCACCCACAUCACUAUGCCUUUCAGAUCCUUAAUGUUAAGCCAGGAGGACCACCAAUUUGCCACUUCCUUAAUAGUGAUGCCAUUGUCUGGAUUUCCAGUAGUUAGGUUCUGUAGGCACAAGUGUGUGUUUCAUUAGAGAAAUUUUGCAUAAUCUCCCACACCCAUGGGGAAAGUUUGUAAUGGAGGGUUUAUAUAUGCAGAUAUAUUCUGACUACUAAAAUAAAUUGGAUUAAUAAUUUUGAAUUGU